AUGGGCAGACCUUGGUCACCUCUGAAGUCUCUAGAAGCCCCUGGCCCAGAAAAGAUCCCUCAGAACACCUCUCCUCUGAAAGAAAAUAGAGGGGCCCCCAGAUUCCCCCAGGGCCUCUGGAGAAAGCCCCUUGAGCUCUUAAUCUGGCCAAGCUUCAGUGGAGCCAUCAUCCUGACCAAGCUCUCCAUUGUCCUCGUGCGCAGAGGCUACUGGGGGAACAAGAUCGGCAAGCCCCACACCGUCCCUUGCAAGGUGACAGGCUGUUGCAGCUCUGUGCUGGUGCGCCUCAUCCCUCCACCCAGGGGCACUGGCAUCGUCUCGGUGUCUGUGCCCAAGAAGUUGCUCAUGAUGGCUGGUAUCAAUGACUGCUACACCUCAGCCCAGGGCUGCACUGCCACCCUGGGCAACUUCACCAAGGCCACCUUUGACGCCAUCCCUAAGACCUACAGCUACCUGACCCCCAACCUCUGGAAGAAGACUGUAUUCACCAAGUCUCCCGAUCAGGAAUUCACUGACCACCUCGUCAAGACCCACACCAGAGUCUCUGUGCAGUAGACCCAGGCUCCAGCUGUGGCUACAACAUAGGGU